UUUACGUCUGGCCAUUACCACCUCCUCUCGGAAUAUACUCCUUUUAUCAUCAGAGGUUUUCCUUCGGGUUUUAUCCGUGUAGUUCAGCUCAAGUGGCUAACCUCCCGCGCGCUUUGUUGCAGCUCCCGCUGCAGCUGCCACCAUCGCGCGGGCCGCGCGAGCGGCCUGUCGCCGCUGUCGCCGCUGCUGGCGCUGCUGCUGUCGGCGGUGCGAGCGACCACGCCGCCGUCGCCCGGGUCGCCGGGGCCGGGGGCCCGCCAGCUCCUGCAGCAGGUGAUCCAGAGCGCCGCCUCGAGCGCCUGGUCCAACACCUCGCCCACCCGGCCGUGGCAGGCGUUCCAGAAUGCCCCCAGCGCGCUCUCCGUGAUCACGAGCGCCGCGCCCGUGCGCCCGCUGCAGGUCAUCCAGUCGCAGCUGCCGGUGCGGCCGCUGCAGACCCUGGCUGGCCGGCCCGGCGUCUACUGGCUGCAGAACUCGCAGGCCGUCACCAGCCUGCAGAACGCGGCCGCCAACUUUGGCAUGCCUAGCCUUUCCGGCGGUGGCAGCCCCGGCGCCAGCAGCGACAGCGGCGAGCUGGAGGAGGUCGUGGCACCGGCGUGGCAGAACGAAAGCCCGACGCUAUCCCACCGUCGCCGCCGCCGCUCCCUGGCGGACGACGUGCAGGGCGUGGCCGACGCCGAUGACCUGCUGGACGAGGCGGCUGAGCAGAUGGUAGCGGCGCCAACGCCGUCCAACGGGGAGAAGUCGGGACGCCAGGAGAAGGCGCUGCAGUACCUCAACAUGGGCGGCGGCUACCUGGCCGUGGGUCCGGAGGCGGGCGAGUUCUCGGCCCUGGAGCUGGACGAGGCCGGGCUGGCCCUGGCCGACGAGGACGGCAACGAGCUGCUGUCGCGGGCCGCGCCCUUCCGCAACCGGAACCAGCCCGACUCGCCCAUCUACUACAUCCGGCUGCCACCCUCCCCGUACGUGCUGGUGCCCGGCGUGGGCUACGUGAGCUCGCCCAACCGCCGCCCCCUCGGGGGCCUGUCGGCGCCCGCACCGCCGCCACCCCCGCCGUCGGCCCCCGCCGCCAGCCCGUUUUACAACCUGCCCUUGGCCUUCAUGUCCAACGGCAAGCCCACGGGCGUGUAUCAGCCGUCCUGGGGCCCCCCGCAGCGGCCGCAGCGGCCCGCCGUGCGCCCGCCGCCGCAGCAGAGCGCCAUGUUCUCCCUCAACAAGGGCCCCUACGUGUUCAACGGCCGGCCCAGCGACAUCUUCAUCCUCCGGGACUCGUACGACACCCUGUACGGCGACGCGCUCAGCAGCUUCUACCCCUGAGCACGACCACGGCAAACGCAAAUUAGGACACUUUAUACGAAAUUGGCGAAGCGUUUCGCUUCAACCCUCCCCUUAGUUGCACUUGUCGUCGUCCUCCUCCGUCUGGACGGGCGGCUCUCUGCUGGCUCGGCGACGGCCGAACAACAACGUCUCUUCUCCGGAAUUACAGGGUGGGCCUCCUCGGCCGUCGCCACUCCGACAGCUUAUUUUCAAUUACAUCACGCUUGUUGAUGUCGUUUACCGCGUGGCAUUAAAUGAAGGCCUGCCUGUCUGUCCCUGUCCGUCCCGUCUCGUCCCCGGCGCGGCCGUGGUCACGCAUGUUGUGCCUCGAGCGCUGAAGGGCUGCGCCGAGGAGGCUGCGCGCCGGCCCGGUCCGACUGUCAACCUCCCGCCCCGCAGCCCGAGGAGGGGCACACAUCAUGGACCGGUGUCGCCUUGCCAACAAAGGGCGAGAACGUGCGCGCAGCGAACGCGCAAUACUGUCCUGGUGGGUGAUAAAAAGAAAGAAAAAUUAACAAAAAAACAAAACACAAUACGAUUGCGAGAAACGCAUUUUACUGACCCCGGGACGGGUCUUAUAACUUUGUUCUUUUCAUGGCGAUCUUGCAUGCUGAUUAGCUCAAGUGAUUGUGAUCGGCGGAUUAGCUUAACGUGUUCCGCGUCAUCCGCGACAUGUUACAACGGAGUGAAUGCGGCAGAGAGUGAGAGGAGACGCGCACGUUUGAAAAGAAGAAGAUGGCAGAAUGCGUUGUGAUGUUCUUGCUUUCUUGAUUUUUAUUUUUGUGUAUUUAUUGUGUGUGUGAGCGAUUCUUUGUGACUGGAAAGUAAGCAUGUUGUGUGAAUGUUUAGGAGUGUGUGUGAGCAUGUAAUUUAUUCUAUAAAAAUAAAGUAAAACAACCUUGUCGGUCUGAGAGGCCAGUUAUUUUGUUGAUAUCUGUGGAUGCUAUUGUUAUUUAUUACCUAAGUCUUCUAGCGGUAGAUAACUCGACUCACUUGAAUCCACUAUUUAUUUUCGAUUGUAGUAUUUAUUUUUUUGUAGAUGUAAGCGUGCGUUUUUUACUUGUUACUCUGUGACACCACUCUUUUGUAAAUAAUUUGUUCAAGUCUGAUGAUAAUUAAAAGAGAAGACUUUACAAAGAGACUACAAA